CUCUCUUCUUUCAACGUGAAUAACACUUCGUACGAAGGACUAAAUGGUGAGCCAAGCGAAGCUGAGUGGAUAUGGAGCACUGACUAUAUGUAUUUAAAGAGAUGGCAUGAAAACAAUUUAACCAUCACAAUUUCCAUUUGCUCGCUUCUUUUUCACUAUUGAUUUUCAAGAAAGUUAAAAAUUAGCUUAAAGAAAAAACGAAAGGCUCUUGAAACUCAAUGAGUACCAUUCAUAUUUCUCUUUCUUUUCUCCUCUUGUUCGUUUUUAGUUUUCAUGACGUGUUUGCUGCUCCUACUAGACACUUGUGUCGUCCGGAGCAAAGGGAUGCACUUCUCGAGUUCAAGAAUGAGUUUGAGAUUCGGAAGCCUUCUUUUGAGUGUUAUGUUAAUGGUAGCUAUGUGCGCCCUUACCCGAAGACGGAGUCAUGGGCAAAUAACACUGAUUGUUGUUAUUGGGAUGGGAUCAAGUGCGAUGCCAAAUCUGGGGAAGUGAUCGAGCUAGACCUCAGUUGCAGCUGUCUCUACGGCAAGUUUCGUUCCAAUACCAGUCUGUUUAGGCUUCACAGCUUUCGUUUUCUCACCACUUUAUACGUUUCAUAUAAUGAGUUACAUGGUCAAAUCCCGUUCUCAAUUGGAAAUCUUUCUCUUCUUACUUCUCUCGACCUUUCUUCCAAUGGGUUUUCGGGUCAGAUUCCAUCUUCAAUUGGAAAUCUAUCACUGCUUACCUUUCUGAGACUUUCUGAUAAUCAGUUUUCGGGUCAGAUUCCAUCUUCAAUUGGAAAUCUUUCACAGAUUACCACUCUCCGUUUUUCCUUUAAUCAGUUUUCGGGUCAGAUUCCGUCUUCAAUUGGAAAUCUUUCACUUCUUACCUCUCUUGAUCUUUCUUCCAAUCAGUUUUCGGGUGAGAUUCCAUCUUCAAUUGGAAAUCUUUCACUGCUUACCUCUCUCUAUCUUUCUUUCAAUCAGUUUUUGGGUCAGAUUCCAUCAUCAAUUGGAAAUCUUUCACUGCUCACCUCUCUCCAUCUUUCUUAUAAUGGGUUUUCGGGUGAGAUUCUAUCAUCAAUUGGAAAUCUUUCACUGCUCACCUCUCUUCAUCUUUCUUAUAAUGGGUUUUCGGGUGAGAUUCCAUCCUCAAUUAAAAAUCUUUCACAGCUCACCUUUCUCAAACUUUCUUCCAAUCAGUUUUCGGGUCAGAUUCCAUCUUCAAUUAAAAAGCUCUCUCAUCUCCAAACUCUUCACCUCAGAUAUAACAAAUUCACUGGUGAAAUCCCAGAUUCUUUUGCCAGUUUGAAAAAUUUGACCGAGUUAGAUGUUAGUUUCAAUAAGCUUAGUGGUAAUUUUCCAAUUUGGCUACUAAAUUUGACAAAGUUGUCGUAUUUAUCACUCGAAUACAAUCAACUCACAGGAACGCUUCCCUCAAACAUUAGCUCACUCUCCAACUUGCGAUAUUUUUGGGCACGUGACAAUGAUUUCGUUGGAACCAUUCCUUCUUCUCUCUUCACCAUUCCUUCUUUGACAAGAAUUUAUUUGUCAAAUAACCAACUCAACGGCACUCUUGAGUUUGGGAAUAUAUCUUCACCAACAAAGCUAGAGUGGUUAGAGCUUGGCGGUAACAACUUGAGAGGGCCAAUACCGAGAUCCAUUUCCAAAUUAGUCAACCUCCGGGGACUUUACCUUUCCAAUUGGAACACCCAAUUAGGCCCAAUUGACUUGAGUAUCUUCUCGCAUCUCAAGUCACUCGGAUUUCUUUACUUAUCCCAUUUGAACACCACCACCACGAUUGACUUGAAUGCCAUCUUAUCAUUUUUCAAGUCGCUCGAAGGAUUGGAUCUCUCAGGCAACCAUGUUUCAGCCGAAACCAAGAGCUCAGUUUCAGAUCCUCCUUCGCAAAUGAUACGAGAAUUAAACUUGUCAGGCUGCGGUAUUACCGAAUUUCCAGAGAUCAUAAGAACCCUGCAGUCUAUGGAGAGACUAGACAUUUCCGACAACAAAAUCAAAGGUCAAGUGCCUGGCUGGUUAUGGACUCCACCAAAUCUGACGUACGUGAAUCUUUCCAACAACACUUUCGUCAGUUUCGGAAGACCAACGAAACAUGGACUAUCCUCUGGCUUGUGCGUUCUCGAUUUAUCUGAAAACAACUUCACGGGAAAGAUUCCCUCCUUCAUAUGCGCGUUGGGCUCUCUAAGCGUUCUCGAUUUAUCUGAAAACAACUUCAAUGGUUCAAUCCCUCUUUGUAUGGAGAAUCUCAAGAGUAAUCUUUCGGUUCUAAACCUCCGUCAGAAUCAUCUUAGCGGAGGCCUUCCGGAGAAUGUAUUUGAAAGUCUAAGGUCCCUUGACGUUGGUCAUAACCAACUGGUGGGAAAGCUUCAAAGAUCUUUGAUCCAUUUCUCUGCCCUUGAAGUUCUAAAUCUGGAAAGCAACAGAUUCAACGACACCUUUCCGUUUUGGUUGAGUUCUCUACAAAACCUGCAAGUUCUUGUCUUACGCUCCAAUGCAUUCCAUGGACCGAUUCAUCGAGCCUCCUUCCUUCAGCUGAAAAUCAUGGACAUCUCGCAUAAUCACUUCAACGGAGUUUUACCGUCGGAUUACUUUGUGAACUGGAGUAAAAUGUCAUCACUUGGGACAGAAAAAGAUCGGUCGGAUGUAAACUACAUGGGAGAAGGUACCUAUUACGAAGAUUCAAUGGUUUUGAUGAAUAAAGGCUUAGAGAUGGAGCUGGUACGUAUAUUAAAAAUCUUCACAGCACUCGACUUCUCCGGAAAUAGAUUUGAAGGAGAGAUUCCAAGGUCCAUCGGCCUAUUGAGAGAGCUUCACGUGCUCAACUUGUCAAACAAUGCUUUCACUGGCCACAUUCCAUCAUCUAUGGGGAACCUGACAGCUCUCGAGUCACUUGACGUUUCCCAAAACAAGCUUUCAGGUGAGAUCCCACAAGAGCUAGGGAAUCUCUCGUACCUUUCUUCCAUGAACUUCUCUCAUAACCAGCUUGUCGGUCUAGUACCUGGAGGCACUCAGUUUCGAACGCAGCCUUGCUCUUCCUUCGAACACAACUCAGGACUUUUUGGCCCUUCUCUUGACGAAGUUUGCAAAGAUAUCCACAAGCCAUCAUCGCAAGAGUAUGAAACACCGGAGGAGGCAGAGGAAGAAGACGAAGAGGUGUUUAGUUGGAUUGCAGCUGCAAUAGGAUUUGGACCUGGCAUUGUAUUAGGAUUGACGAUUGGAUACAUAUUGGCCUUCUACAAACCGAGGUGGUUCACGAGUCCUUUUGGCCGAAACAAACACAGAAGCAGAAGCACCACAGCUCAUUAAGUGAGCGUUCUUAAACCCAAGAUGAAAAAUCUUUGAAAAAGAGAAUGAAGCAACCAGACCAUAGGACUGUAGAGAAAGAAGCUUGGGGAGAAGGCAACCCAUUUUAUCAAAAACUAAAUAUCAGUGAUUGUUUCCGGUUUAGUUUUGUGUGUUUAUCAUAUACUCUGUUUUUAGCCAAUGUUUUUGUUUCUCUGUAAUUGAACAAUGAAAGACUGUUUACAAAGCUCAAACUUAUUCCUA